AUGUCAAAGGAAAUUGGCCUGCAUGCCAGCGUCGAAUACUCUAUGUUUCCUCUGUAUCUGAGUAAAAAAGGUAUCCAAUCAACUCAUUCAGUGAACGAUGACCAACUUUCAAUAUUGCAUUUCUUAUUUGGGAAAAAUUUCGAGCGAGCAACGAGGAUAGUUGAUCAAAGAGGCGUUAAAAGGAUCUUGGGCAAACCCAGUGGUCGUUCCAUCUUUCAGGUUGUUGGAGAUUCAAAGAGGAAGGAGGAAUAUCUAUGCUUUCCAGAACAUUAUUGUGCUUGUUAUUCCUUUUUCUAUGACAUUGUAAACAGAGGGGAACAUCUUUCUUGUAAGCAUCAAUUAACUGCCAGACUUGCUUCUUCAUUGGGAGCAUGCGUUGAUUUUACGAUCUCUGAUGAUGAGCUUGCUCUCAUGCUCUCCCAGCUCUGAAUGUGCAAAUUCCCAGGUUCCUGGUUGGAGUUAGUUGAGGGUCUAUGGCGAGAUUUUCUAAGUCUGCGUCUUGUCGCGAUUUUCGCUUCUGGAGAAUUUUCGUUUGGACAUCUUGUACAUCGGUUCAGAGUUGCCAAUCAACGAGAGAGUCAUUUGAAGUUUCAAGUCAGUAGCAGGCGCCCAUCUGGAGAAUAAGGGAAUUCAUUUCAAGUUCCAGUCAGAGACAACAAGAUCCCUCCUGAAGAAUAGGGGCAACCUCCAGUCCUUUUGUCAAUUCAAGUUAGAAGUAGCAGAAGCUUGCCUCAAGAAUGAGGAUCGACAAGAGUUCGAGAUAACCAAAAGAAGAAUAAAAGAAAAAAAAGAAAAAGAAAAAGAAGUGAACUCAAAGUGCAGAAGUGGAGAAAAGAUUUGGACUGCUUAAGACGUGAUUGAAGUCACAAACUUUGCAUGUCCCGCCUUGAUCCGAGAAGUU